GUCCGCAUCACCCACAUACAACCUGAGGCAUGCUGCGCACGACGGGCGGAGCACCCGAGUUGUCUCCCUCGCUGAUACGCCGCCGUCAGAAAGACAAGGAGAUGAAGCGGAAGAAGCGGGAGAUGUAUGCACAGGAAGUAUCGUUCCUGCGGAACCAAGUGAAAGCGCUGCGGUUGAAUGUCCGCACGGCGCGGAUGCUGCUGCCGUGGCGCGAAGUGGCGGAAGCGCUUUACGACGACACGGCGGCCGCAACCGUGACGAAUACAAACUUGCGUUCGGUGCUUCGUCGACUGCAGAUCUUCCACGGUCAUGUGCAACACCUCGUUCAGACUUCCCAACCGUUCUCGGUGGCGCCUGCCCUGCAACUCGAGUCCUGGAAGGACACCCAUCUGUUCCGCGGGGACGACAUGCGGCGAUCUGGUUUCGAGUACAUCAGUCAAUUAGCGCUCCACACAAUGCCUUCGGUACUCCUUGCACCAGCCGCCGUCCCCGCCCCUUCCGACCCAUCGUACAUCCAAGCGCAGAUCAAGCACGGCGUAGUGUAUGUGGAUGUGCUUCAUGCGUGCACGGUGCCCCACGCGACGCUCGACGACGUUGUGGGUGUUGCAUGGGCAGGACUCAACGACUUUGUGCGGCAAGCCAUUGGCACGGACGACUGCGUCAAGCCCUUGGAUCGAAACGACGACGAGAUCUCGUAUGUGGCGCUGAAAGGGACAAAGGAUGUCACGUACAACAGCCUCCAUCGCCUGUUUCGAUUGCAUCCUGUGGGAGACCAUCAUUCCCAACCCCACGAUUCUUUAAAGCAUUCUUUAAAUCCACCCCCAGAUGUUGUUCCCCGCGCUGUGAUCGUCGCGCGAAGUAUCUUGGCCGACGAAGUCCAUCCAUACCCCACCGACAUGCUCAUGUGCGAUUCUGUCGAAUGGACCGUGAUCGAACCCGUGGACGAUUAUACAGUGGGGGUACGUGUGCUCGUGAGGUUUUCGCAGCCGAUCGACAGCUCCGGCCAGUCCCCACUCUCCGUGGCGCAAUGGCUGCAUAAGCUCCGCGGCGGCCGCGGCGACCGCCUGGACGUGCUGGAGAAGAUGACAGAUGACCACCUGCUGGACAAAAUCGUCGGCUUCUUUGCGCUGCACCACCACUCGAUGCAAGCGAUGAUCUGCGCCAAAUUCAACCGGAUCGUACCACCGACACAACCUCCAAGCAGCAGCCGCCGCUCGUGAAUUGCUUCGCCACGUCCAUCGAUUGCUUCGUUGUAUCGACUUUGAACCGUCCAGUGUCACACUAUUUUAAGUCAUACACUAAUUUAACCACAUACUACUUUCAG